UUUGGGUUAAGCCCGAAAACAUGAAUCAUUUAUCAAAACACAAAAUGUGAAAAUAUUGACAUUUUUGGUCUGUCUUCCAUGUUCUUCCAAAACUUCACGCCACUGCGCUUCCAAACUCUGAUUUGAGCAUUCGAUCUCAAAUUUUGAUACGUGUUGCAGAUUGAUUUGGUUGUAAGAAGAUGCACCCUCCUUUAACUUUGCACAAACAUCCAAUGUGUGCUGAAAUUAUUGAGCAGUUUCAAAAGUGUCAUAUAGAACACCCUAUUGCAAAAUUCUUUGGUGAAUGUACUGAUUUGAAAAUAAAAUUGGACCGCUGUUUCAGAGAAGAGAAAGCUGUGAAGCGGAAGGCUAACUUUGAAGAGAGCAAAAAGAUAAAGGAACAGUUGCGAGCUUUGAGGAAAGAAAAUGCUGCAAGCAGCAGUCCAUAGAAGAAUUUUUAGAAAUAUGAAAAUGCUAAAUUGUUCUGCAAAGUACAAUGAAAUCCAUAAUUUUAUACAAGUGCUCGAUAAGAAAUUCUUUUUGCUGCCUUAAAAAGAGGGAUAUUAUAUAUAUGAAUGUUGUUUGAAGUGUAUCUGAUGCUCUUGCCUUCA